AUGGCUUGGAAUUCAAUUUUAUUGUUGUUAUUCAUCGCUCUCGUAUCAUUCAAAUAUACAGUUGGAUAUUAUGUAGUAGUUGAUGCUCACUCAGAUGAAUGUUUUUUUGAAAAAUUAACAUCUGGUACAAAAUUAUUAUUAACAUAUGAAGUAAUCGAAGGUGGUUUUCUUGAUAUCGAUGUUAAAAUAACUGGUCCUGAUCAAAAAGAAAUUUAUCGUGGUGAUCGAGAAUCUAGUGGAAAAACAACAUUUUCAGCUCAUAUGGAUGGUACUUAUACAAUAUGUUUCAGUAAUAGAAUGUCAACAAUGACACCGAAAAUGGUUAUGUUUACAAUGGUAGCUGGUGAUACACCUAAACUUGAAGUGGGUAGUGGCACAGCAGGUGAAAAUAUUACACUUCAUCAUAAUAAACUAGAAGAAUUAGUUGCUGAAUUAUCAGCUUCAUUAACGAAUGUUAAACACGAACAAGAAUUUAUGGAAGUAAGAGAACGUAUUCAUCGUGCAAUUAAUGAAAAUACAAAUUCUCGUGUUGUUAUGUGGUCAUGCUUUGAAGCUUUUAUUCUCUUAGCUAUGGCAUUCGGUCAAGUUUAUUAUCUUAAACGAUUUUUUGAAGUUCGCCGAGUUGUAUAG